AUAUACACAUAGAGGUAGAGAGAUAGAUGGUCAGAUAGAUUGAGCUAAGCACACACACACACUGCAUCAGUACCUUGGUUUGGUUGAUUUCUCUGAGUUUGUGUUCUUGGCAUCAUCAUCAUUAUUAGCCAUGAGAAGUGCAGCUCUGAGCUUCCAAGAUCACGGCCAUGGGCUUCAGGCGAUCACCGGCCGUGGCGGCAAUGGCGGCGCCGCCGCUCACGCAUUGCCAUGGUGGGCUGGAGCCGGAGCCGGAGCUGGAUCCCAAACACUGCUUGGAACAGGAGGAGGAGAAGAAUCAUUCUGCCAAUUAAGCAACACAAUCAUGGAGGACACCCGAAUCCUGCAAAACCACCACCACCAGAUCCUCGCCGCCGGCCGGCAGCUGCAGCAGCGCCACCACUUCCCGGCAAUGCCGCCGGAGCGACACCACCACCCUCCUCCUCCAGCUCCUGGAAGCCCUGCCAUGAAGUUCCCAAUCAUCUCAGGUGACUCUGAUCUUGGCAAAGAUCUGAAGUUCCAUGAGUCCUCCGCGCCGACCAUCGCCGCGUACUCGCCAUUGCAGGAGUACCAAGGACACUUUGAGCUAGCCCUUGGCCACUCCAUGGUUUGCACCAACUUCUGCAACUCUGAACAAAGCUAUGGUGUUUACUCCCCCUAUGGAGCUCAAACCAUGGCUGGGAGGAUGCUGCUGCCGCCGGCGAUCGCCACCGACGUGGGUCCGAUCUACGUCAACGCGAAGCAGUUCAACGGCAUCAUCCGGCGGCGGCUGGCGCGCGCCAAGGCGGAGCGGGAGCACCGGGUUUCCCGGAGCCGGAAGCCGUACCUCCACGAGUCGCGCCACCGCCACGCCAUGCGCCGCGCGCGGGGCAGCGGCGGCCGCUUCCUCAACACCAAGAACGCCUCCUCCGCCGCCGCCGCGGCCGCCGACGCGGCGCCGGUGAGCUCCGGUGGCGGCGACCACGGGGCGAGCAACAAGAGCUCGUCGGCGUCGGAGGCGACGCGCGUGUACGACGACGACGACGACAUGGGCGCGGGCGGCGGCGGCGACGGCGGCGACUUCCACCACGCGAUGGGUCACCUCCGCUCGCCGGCGUUCUUCCCGUCGCUGGCCGCGAUGAUGGACGGCGGCGGCGGCGGCGGCGAGGGGAAGUGGGCGACCGCGACGCCUCACCAUGGCUGCCGCGUCGACCUCCUCAAGGUGUGACCGCCGCCGCUGGCCGUCGCCGGCGAACCUCGCCGGCGCCGGUGGCAAUUCAUCCUUGGCUGUAGUAGUAGUAGUAGUAGUAGACUAGUAGUGUAUGCGCAAUGGAAAUCAAUUUCAUGCAACUGAUGCAAACUGCUUCUCAGUUGCUCAUGUAAAAAGGACUAGAAUUUGAUUUUAUUUUGAUGCAGAUUUGUUUAAAUCUAGGCUCUCAUUUUGUGUGUCCUUUGAUUUUUGAUGUCUAGUUUGAUCUUGGUGCUUAGAUGACUAGGUUUAUUAAGGUGUUAACACUGUUUUAAAAACAAUCAGAGUUUGCUGACAAUGAUUGUGUUGUAGAA